UGGCUUGGGAAAGUAUCCGCAGACCGGGGUGCUACAGACUACAAAACAGCCUGGACAGCCCUCCAGAUUCCCAUCCCCUCUAAGUUGAACACUGAGUAAGCAACUCCCAGACUCAGCUACGCAGCCAAACUGGCCCGAUGGCAUGCUGCAGCCAACCCCAGCUCAGCAUCUGGAUGAAAUAAAGACCUUUCUCAGGAGCAGCUUUUUGUGCAAUAUACUCAGAGGCAGCCUGAACUUGGACAAAUCCCAUCUGCCCUCGUGACAUGUGAUGUCUGAGCUCUUCUGGGAAGGAGCGUGGGCUUUAUCUGCCCCAAAUCAGCAAUGUGGUGCGUCCCGAAAGGGCAGAUGGGAUAGAUGGAGGCUGCUGGAGGCUGCUGAGCCAGCCAGAGUGCUGGGGCCUGUCCACAUGGCAGGUGCAUAGCGUAAUGUCCAUGCUGUACUACACUCUGAUUAUAGCUUUUUUGAUCGGCACACAGGCAGCUCCAAAGUCAGAGGACAAUGGUCCACUGGAGUAUCCUGCAGAACACUCCUUACCCAGUACACAACAGAGUAACGGACAGCACAUUUCCGAGGCAGCCCCACAGACAAGCCACGGCCACUUUGCUUGGAUGCCAGAUGGAACAGAAGAUUUAAAUAUCGCCAUGGACCAAAAUUUCUUUAACAAGAAGCGUUUCCGGUCUUCUCGGGUCCUGUUCAGCACGCAGCCACCUCCAGUGUCAAGGAAGGGACAGAAUACGGGGUUUCUCAGCAGUGCAGUCUCUCUCAACAGGACUGCCAGGACCAAGAGGACUGCACAUCCCGUACUGCACCGGGGAGAGUUCUCAGUGUGCGACAGUGUCAGCAUGUGGGUCGGGGACAAAACCACAGCCACUGACAUCAAAGGCAAAGAGGUGACCGUGCUGGGAGAGGUCAACAUUAACAACAACGUUUUUAAGCAGUACUUUUUCGAGACCAAGUGCAGGGACCCUCGGCCAGUGUCCAGCGGGUGCCGAGGGAUCGAUGCGAAGCAUUGGAACUCUUACUGCACCACCACACACACCUUCGUCAAAGCACUGACCAUGGAGGGCAAGCAAGCAGCCUGGCGAUUUAUCCGGAUUGACACAGCCUGUGUCUGUGUGCUCAGCAGGAAAUCGGGGAGACCCUGAGACGGAGCUGAACCCCACAACAGCAUCCUCCUAUCCCCCUACCUCAGCCUGUAAAUUAUUUUAAGUUAAAAAAAAAAAAAAAAAAAAAAAAGGACUGCAUGGUGUAUUUAUAGUUUAUACGAUACAAAAAGAACCUCAUUAUUUAUUAAACUCUUUUGGAAA